AUGACAUCCUUACGUAAACGUUGGUAUUCAGAUCCGGAGCAUCUCUCCUUAGGUGGUGCAUCCAAAGACAAUUCCGGGGACACUGGACAUGGUGGUGGUCGUGGUGGUCGUGGUGGUCGUGGUCGUGGUGGUGGUCGUGCCACCGGAGGAGCACUCGGUGGUGGUCGUCGUGGUCGUGCCGCCGGAGGAGCGUCCGGUAGUGGCACCGUCGCACCUGGUGCCAAUCUUCCAGAUUCUUAUUCCUUGGACAUGGACACAAUCGAAGAAAAUAGCGUCGGCGGAAGAAAGAAAAAGAACAAGAAAAAAAAUGGAGCUAAGGACAACACUGAGAAGUUUAAAUGGAUGAACAGCAGAAUCUUGCUGUGGGUGUCCUAUUUACUUGGGAUAUGGGCUGUUUACUCUUCUGUGAUGGCUCCUCUGAAAUGUGCUUUCAAAGUUAAUGACUUCCCACAAUGGAUUCCCAUUGCUUUCGAAAUAUUCAUCGGACUGGACAUUCUACGUGAUUGGAUAUACGUCUACGCUAAUGAUAAUCAGGCCAUGGCUAUGGUCAAAUAUCCGUUUUUUCGGUUCUUAAAGCUUAAUCCCAGGAUAUUGGAAACUGUAGCUUUUGUCCCAUGGGAAUUUCUAUUCCAGUUGCAUUAUUUGGUGUGGAUUAAAACUCUACGAGCUUUGAAGGGAAAACAGCUAUUGGAGAAGCUUGAGAAACGUCAAGGGUUAAACUUCUCUUUCAUCAGUUUUCUCAAACUGAUGUUUAUCCAAUUGUACUGGGUUCAUAUAACGGGUUGUUUGCUUUACCAUAUCGCCACCACCUCCCAUGGUCAUCCAGAAUCACAUCAGACCUGGAUGUCACUGAUCCAAAUUGGAGAUCAAAACCUCUCACAAUUGGGUAUUGUGCCAAAAUACAUAGCAGCAGUCUACUUUGCUACUGUCACAACAUCAACAGUUGGCUAUGGAGACAUUCAUGCAGUAAAUGAAAAAGAGAUGUUGGUUGUGGCUGGUGUUAUCAUCUUCAGUAUGAUUGUGUGGCUUUAUUUAGGUGUUAAGUACACAAAUUUAUUUCUGAGAAGAUCAAAGGCUGAGAUCGUUGGAGAGAAACUGGAUAUUAUGGAGAAGUACUUGACAAAAACCAAUGUCAAUCAGGAUUUGGCUAAGGUGAUCAGAGAUCACAUGGUGAUCAAAUAUAAUGAGGACUAUGACAACAGAUUCCUUGAAGAUGUUCCAGCCUCUCUUAGAGCCAAGUUGGAGAAACAAAAACCAUUCGACCAUGAUUGA